CUCCUUGUAUAAUUCAUGAGCGAGACGUGGGGAGCAGUUGCGGAUAAGGCAGCGCCUCCCUCCUCGUUCGAUCCAGAGCUCCACCACCCUACUCGACCUCCUGUACGACGCGGCCGAUGGGAGUAGUGGCCAGUGCCUCCUCCUCUCCCUACUAAAGCGGUCACCGACGCGGCACGGACGAAGCCUCCUCGUCCGAGGAAGAGGCGACAACAACAAGGUCGUGGCCGACAGCGCCGAGGUCAAGGCUCGCUGGAGCCCAUGAGCCGGCGCAGCGGCCGGGAAAACGAUCUAUGGCAGUGACGACCCGCUUGAAGAGGCGGCCAAAGCUCCUCUCAGCACUGCGGCCACAUCCCGUGGCUGUUUCCAUCUGCGGCGGGGCGAGGCAGUUGGUGGACUCGACCCUGGCUCCAAAGCGGAUGACGCCGGAGGCGCCGGUCAGCGCUGAGAUGAAAGCGAGUGCCUCCUCCGCGGUCACGUCGGUGCGCAUCGACACAGGUAUCCACCGAUGCGGUACUGGGAUGAUUGUAGGACAUCGUAUCAUAGAUAGAUCUUUUUGUCGCCGUGAUGACCCUCCUCAAAUUCGUGAAGGAAAAGUAAGAACAACCUUCGAGCUUGCAUCCGUAAUUCGAUGUCAAUGUUCAUUCAAUUUUGAUCAUGGAAAUAUGUUCCCCUCCCCCAUUGGUGAGUGUGAGGGUUAAGGGAAUGUCAUUCUUAAGAAGCAGCAUGUCGAACAAAAUCGUCCACUCCUCAUUCA